AUGUCGCGCUCCGUGCUGCAGCCCAGUCAGCAGAAGCUGGCGGAGAAGCUCACCAUCCUCAACGACCGGGGCGUCGGCAUGCUCACCCGCCUCUACAACAUCAAGAAGGCUUGUGGAGACCCCAAGGCAAAACCAUCCUACCUUAUUGACAAAAACCUGGAAUCUGCUGUGAAAUUCAUAGUCAGAAAAUUCCCUGCUGUAGAAACCCGCAACAACAAUCAACAGCUUGCACAACUACAGAAAGAAAAAUCAGAGAUUCUGAAAAAUCUGGCAUUAUAUUACUUCACAUUUGUAGAUGUUAUGGAAUUUAAGGACCAUGUUUGUGAAUUGCUGAAUACUAUUGAUGUUUGCCAAGUCUUCUUUGAUAUUACUGUAAACUUUGAUUUAACGAAGAACUACUUAGAUUUGAUCAUAACGUAUACAACACUAAUGAUACUGCUGUCUCGAAUUGAAGAAAGGAAGGCAAUCAUUGGAUUAUACAACUAUGCACAUGAAAUGACCCAUGGAGCAAGUGACCGAGAAUACCCACGUCUUGGUCAGAUGAUUGUGGAUUAUGAAAACCCUUUAAAGAAGAUGAUGGAAGAAUUUGUACCCCAUAGCAAGUCUCUUUCAGAUGCACUGAUUUCUCUUCAGAUGGUGUAUCCACGAAGGAAUCUUUCAGCUGACCAGUGGAGAAAUGCUCAAUUAUUGAGUCUCAUCAGUGCACCCAGUACAAUGCUUAACCCUGCACAGUCUGACACUAUGCCUUGCGAAUAUCUCUCUUUGGAUGCCAUGGAAAAAUGGAUUAUCUUUGGAUUUAUUUUGUGCCAUGGGAUCCUAAAUACUGAUGCAACAGCACUGAACCUUUGGAAGCUAGCUCUUCAAAGUAGCUCUUGCCUCUCUCUCUUUCGGGAUGAAGUUUUCCACAUUCACAAAGCUGCGGAAGACUUAUUCGUAAACAUACGAGGCUAUAAUAAGCGUAUUAAUGACAUAAGAGAAUGCAAAGAGGCAGCUGUGUCACAUGCGUCACAUAGGCAAAGAUUGGGUUUUAAUGUGUCUGCACUGAAAGAAUUGGCUACUGUCCUUUCUGAUCAACCUGGCUUGCUAGGUCCCAAGGCACUUUUUGUUUUUAUGGCAUUAUCCUUUGCCCGUGAUGAAAUUAUCUGGCUACUUCGUCAUGCAGAUAACAUGCCAAAGAAGAGUGCAGAUGACUUUAUAGAUAAGCACAUUGCUGAAUUAAUAUUUUACAUGGAAGAGCUUAGAGCACAUGUAAGGAAAUACGGACCUGUAAUGCAGAGGUAUUACGUGCAGUACCUUUCUGGCUUUGAUGCUGUUGUCCUCAAUGAACUUGUGCAGAAUCUUUCUGUUUGCCCUGAAGAUGAAUCAAUCAUCAUGUCCUCUUUUGUGAAUACUAUGACUUCUCUAAGUGUAAAACAAGUUGAAGAUGGGGAAGUAUUUGAUUUCAGAGGAAUGAGAUUAGAUUGGUUUAGAUUACAGGCAUAUACUAGUGUCUCUAAGGCUUCACUUAGUCUUUCAGAUCACAGAGAACUUGGAAAGAUGAUGAAUACAAUAAUUUUUCACACAAAAAUGGUAGAUUCCCUGGUGGAAAUGUUGGUGGAAACAUCAGAUCUCUCCAUAUUUUGUUUUUAUAGUCGUGCUUUUGAGAAGAUGUUUCAACAAUGUUUGGAGUUACCCUCUCAGUCAAGAUACUCAAUUGCAUUCCCACUACUCUGCACUCAUUUUAUGAGUUGCACACAUGAACUGUGUCCAGAAGAGAGACAUCAUAUUGGAGAUCGCAGUCUUUCCUUAUGUAAUAUGUUCCUCGAUGAAAUGGCCAAACAAGCUAGAAAUCUCAUCACUGAUAUUUGCACGGAACAGUGUACUCUUAGUGACCAGUUGCUGCCCAAGCAUUGUGCCAAAACCAUCAGUCAAGCAGUGAAUAAGAAGUCAAAAAAACAGACUGGUAAGAAAGGGGAACCUGAAAGGGAAAAACCAGGAGUUGAGAGCAUGAGGAAAAACAGGCUGGUAGUGACCAACCUUGAUAAAUUGCACACUGCACUUUCUGAGUUGUGUUUCUCUAUAAAUUAUGUACCAAACAUGGUGGUUUGGGAACAUACCUUUACCCCACGAGAAUAUUUGACUUCUCAUCUGGAAAUCCGCUUUACUAAGUCUAUUGUUGGAAUGACUAUGUAUAAUCAAGCCACACAGGAAAUUGCAAAACCAUCAGAGCUUCUGACAAGUGUAAGAGCAUACAUGACUGUACUCCAGUCAAUAGAAAACUAUGUGCAAAUUGAUAUUACAAGAGUAUUUAAUAAUGUGCUUCUUCAACAAACACAACAUUUAGACAGUCAUGGAGAGCCAACCAUUACAAGUCUGUACACAAAUUGGUAUCUGGAAACUUUGUUAAGACAAGUCAGCAAUGGUCAUAUAGCUUAUUUCCCUGCAAUGAAAGCAUUUGUGAAUUUACCUACGGAAAAUGAAUUAACAUUUAACGCAGAGGAAUAUUCUGACAUAUCAGAAAUGAGGUCGUUAUCAGAACUGCUAGGCCCAUAUGGUAUGAAGUUCCUAAGUGAAAGCCUUAUGUGGCAUAUUUCAUCACAAGUUGCUGAACUUAAGAAACUUGUGGUGGAAAAUGUUGAUGUGCUAACACAAAUGAGGACCAGCUUUGACAAACCCGACCAGAUGGCUGCACUCUUUAAAAGAUUAUCGUCUGUUGACAGUGUCUUGAAGAGGAUGACAAUAAUUGGUGUAAUUUUAUCCUUCCGAUCAUUGGCACAAGAAGCACUUAGAGAUGUCUUGUCCUACCACAUUCCUUUUCUUGUCAGUUCAAUUGAAGAUUUCAAGGAUCACAUUCCAAGGGAAACUGAUAUGAAGGUUGCAAUGAAUGUAUAUGAAUUGUCAUCAGCUGCUGGAUUACCGUGUGAGAUUGAUCCUGCCUUGGUGGUAGCCCUUUCCUCACAAAAAUCAGAAAACAUAAGUCCAGAAGAAGAAUAUAAAAUUGCCUGCCUCCUCAUGGUCUUUGUGGCAGUUUCUUUGCCAACACUGGCCAGUAAUGUGAUGUCUCAGUAUAGCCCUGCUAUAGAAGGGCACUGCAACAACAUACACUGCUUGGCCAAAGCCAUCAACCAGAUCGCUGCAGCUUUGUUUACAAUUCACAAGGGAAGCAUUGAAGAUCGGCUUAAAGAAUUUCUGGCGCUUGCGUCCUCCAGUCUACUGAAAAUUGGCCAGGAGACAGAUAAAACAACAACAAGAAAUAGAGAAUCUGUUUAUUUACUGCUAGAUAUGAUUGUGCAGGAAUCCCCAUUCCUGACAAUGGAUCUUUUGGAAUCUUGUUUUCCUUAUGUCUUGCUGAGAAAUGCAUACCAUGCUGUCUACAAGCAAAGUGUUACAUCUUCUGCAUAA